GAAGAGGCGUAACAAGCACGGGAGCUCUUUCUGCCUUUCUCUUGAGUGUCAGACAACGUGUGGAGAUGGUGCUCGACUUGGACCUGUUUCGGACCGACAAAGGCGGCGAUCCUGAACUCGUCCGUGAGGUCCAAAGGAAACGCUUUAAAGAUGUUACCCUCGUCGAUAAACUGGUCGCCGCGGACACAGAAUGGAGAAAGUGCCGCUUCACUGCAGACAACCUCAACAAAGCAAAAAACCUUUGCAGCAAGAGUAUUGGGGAGAAAAUGAAGAGGAAAGAACCGGUUGGCGAGGAUGAGUCUAUUCCAGAGGCGGCACAGAAUCUGGAGGUGCUCACAGCAGAUACACUUUCGGCCCUAACAGUGACCCAAAUCAAGAAGGUGCGUGUGUUGGUGGAUGAGACUAUGGUAAAAACUGAUAGCGAACGGUUGAAGCUGGAGGCGGAACGCUUUUCGUACCUGAGGGAGAUUGGCAAUCUUCUGCACCCGUCUGUACCCAUCAGCAACGAUGAGGAUGCAGACAACAAGGUGGAGCGGACAUGGGGUGACUGCAGUGUCCAGAAGAAGUACUCCCAUGUUGACCUGGUGGUCAUGAUAGACGGCUUUGAGGGGGAGAAAGGAGCCGUCGUGGCUGGGAGUAGAGGCUACUUCUUGAAGGGCCCGCUGGUGUUCCUUGAACAGGCUCUAAUCAAUUACGCCAUGAGGCUCUUGCAUAGCAAGAACUACACCAUGCUUUACACGCCCUUCUUUAUGAGGAAAGAAGUCAUGCAGGAAGUUGCCCAGCUCAGCCAAUUUGAUGAAGAGCUUUAUAAGGUCAUUGGUAAAGGGAGCGAACAAGCAGAUGACAACUCCAUCGACGAGAAGUACCUCAUCGCCACUUCUGAGCAGCCCAUCGCAGCUUUCUUGAGGGAAGAGUGGCUGAAGCCCGAGGAUCUGCCCAUACGCUACGGCGGCUUCUCCACCUGCUUUAGACAGGAAGUGGGCUCCCACGGUCGAGACACGCGUGGAAUCUUCAGGGUGCAUCAGUUUGAGAAGAUUGAGCAGUUUGUCUACGCAUCGCCGCACGAUGGAAAAUCGUGGGAGAUGUUUGAUGAAAUGAUCGGGACUGCGGAACACUUUUAUCAGUCUCUCCGUAUUCCUUACCGCAUUGUCAACAUCGUCUCUGGUGCCCUCAAUCAUGCUGCUAGUAAGAAGCUUGAUCUGGAGGCCUGGUUCCCGGGCUCUGGGGCUUUCAGAGAGCUGGUCUCCUGUUCCAAUUGCACAGACUACCAGGCCAGACGCUUGCGUAUCCGCUACGGACAGACCAAAAAGAUGAUGGACAAGGCAGAGUUUGUUCACAUGCUUAACGCCACCAUGUGUGCCACCACACGUGUGAUGUGUGCCAUCCUGGAGAAUUACCAAACAGAGGAGGGCAUCAUUGUUCCAGAGAAGCUCAGGGAAUUCAUGCCUCCUGGUAUGAAUGAAAUCAUCAAGUUUGUCAAGCCUGCACCCAUCGACCAGGAGAUGUCCAAAAAGGCUAAGAAACAGAAGAAUAAGCAGGCAGGAGACCAGAACCUCCCCGACGCCAUUGAGGCGAUGUCGGUCAACAACUCUUAGAUGCACAAAUAAUAAAUAUUCUGGAAUUGAGCCUUUCAUUGUACCACCAAAUUGUUUUGGAGAGAGAAGAAAACAAAUAUAGUUUGCAGUUUUUAUUGAUUAAUAUUGGGUCCUCAACAAUGCUUUGGAUGGCUCUAUCCUACCAGUAUGUACCACAAUUGACAAAGGGAUAGUUCCUGUGCAUUUUUCAGCUGUCACAGACAAAUGACUCACACGCAUUCCGAGCCUUAAACAAACAGGAUCACUGUCAUUUCUGGCUUUGUUUGUUUGUGAUUACUUUGUAGUGCAUGGGGGACACUGUAGUAUGGAAGCAAAUCUGUCUUGAGCUGCUCAUUUAAGACCAAACCUAAUUU